AUGCCAAAGGGCCUGUACAUGCACGGCGACGUGGGGUGCGGCAAGACCAUGCUGAUGGACCUGUUCUACGACACGCUGCCGGCCAACAUCGCGUCCAGGACGCGCAUCCACUUCCACAACUUCAUGCAGGACGUGCACCGCCGCCUGCACGCCGUCAAGAUGCAGCACGGCACCGACUUCGACGGCGUGCCGUUUGUCGCCGCCCAGAUCGCCGAGCAGUCCAGCGUGCUGUGCUUCGAUGAGUUUCAGUGCACCGAUGUGGCCGAUGCCAUGAUUCUCAGGAGACUGCUCGAAUCACUCAUGUCCCACGGCGUCGUGUUCGUCACCACGUCCAACCGCCACCCCGACGAACUAUAUAAAAACGGCAUCCAGCGCCAGUCCUUCAUCCCAUGCAUCCAGCUCCUGAAAAACACCCUCACCGUCCUCAACCUCAACUCGACCACCGACUACCGCAAGAUCCCCCGUCCGCCCUCCGGCGUGUACCACCACCCGCUCGGCCUGCAGGCCGACCACCACGCCGACAAGUGGUUCGAGUACCUCGGCGACUUCGCACACGACCCGCCGCACCGCGCCGUGCACCAGGUGUGGGGCCGCGAUGUCGUCGUGCCGCAGGCCUCCGGGAGGGCCGCGCGCUUCACCUUCCAGGAGAUCAUCGGCCGCGCCACCAGCGCCGCCGACUACCUCGAGCUGAUGCGCAGCUACAACGCCUUUAUCAUUACCGAUGUACCCGGAAUGACGCUGCACCAGCGUGAUCUGGCCCGGCGGUUUAUCACCUUCAUCGACACUGUGUAUGAAAGUCGAGCCAAACUCGUCCUCACCACCGCCGUGCCCCUCUCCAACCUCUUCCUCUCCCCCUCCGAACUCAAGUCCUCCACCACGCACACCCCAGCGCACUCCGCCGCCCACUCCAAACCCCUCUCCUCCUCCUCCUCCUCCUCCUCCGCCGCCGCCGACAGCGGCGCCGACCUCGACGACUCCAUGCGCAGCCUGAUGGACGACCUGGGCCUGUCCAUGGCCGAGCUGCGCGCGAGCUCGAUCUUCAGCGGCGACGAGGAGCGCUUCGCCUUCGCGCGCGCGCUGUCGCGGCUGACCGAGAUGCAGAGCACCGAGUGGGUGGAGCGCGGCAUGGGCGUGGGGCUGGAUGCGCGCGCCGGCCGCGAGGACAAGGCCGCCUGGGAUAAGAUGAGGAGUCGCUGGAGGGAGGAUAAUAUGUGA